GUUAUCGAUAAAAGCAGAAGUGCAUUUGCGUGCCUGGACAUUGUGUCGUACGGUUUCGGUGGAGGUUUAGUCUGUUUUUCCUUGUCUUUUUUAAUUGCUGGAUGAGAGGGAGCGCAGUUAAAGAUGACUUUUCGUGUGGAUGAUUUCAUCGCAGGCUGGAUCGGAGGAGCCUCCAGUGUGGUGGUGGGACAUCCGCUGGACACCGUCAAGACGCGGCUGCAGGCGGGCGAGGGCUACAGGAACAUGCUGCACUGCAUCCUCACCAUCUACAGGAAGGAAACGGUGGCCGGGUUCUUCAAGGGCAUGUCCUUCCCGCUGUGCAGCAUCACCAUCUACAACUCGGCCGUGUUCGGCUUCUUCAGCAACACGCGGAGACUGAUCAGCCAGUAUCGCCACGGCGACGGCCGGGACGCCUGCAGCAUGCUGGACCUGACGGCGGCCAGCAUGCUGACCGGGCUGGUGUCGGUGGGACUCGGGGCCCCGGUGGAUCUGGUCAAGAUCCGGCUGCAGAUGCAGACGCAGACGGUGCUGGCAGAGAACCUGCACCUGGCGGGGAACGUGCCCAGCGGCAGCAGCAUCCCGCUGCGCUCCGUGCACGCCCCCCAGCAGCCGCUGUACCGGGGCCCGCUCCACUGCAUCAGCAGCAUCCUGCAGGCCGACGGCCCCCAGGGCCUGUACCGCGGCGCCGGGGCCAUGGUGCUCCGGGACGUGCCCGGGUACGCCCUCUACUUCAUCCCCUACACCAUCCUCUGUGACCUGCUGACGCCCGAGAGCCUGUCCGACCCGCACCCCUGCUCCAUCUGGCUGGCCGGCGGUUUGGCAGGCUCCAUCUCGUGGGUGACGGCCACGCCGGCCGACGUGGUGAAGAGCCGGAUGCAGGCGGACGCGCAGCAGCAGAGGAAGUACCGGGGGAUCUUACACUGCAUCGUCCACAGCUACAGGACGGAGGGGGCACAGGUUUUCUUCCGCGGUGCGACCGUCAACGCCAUCCGAGGUUUCCCCAUGAGCUCCACCAUGUUCCUGAUGUACGAGCUGUCGCUGCAGUUCUUCCGGAGCUUCUAGGCCGUCGCAUCCUUCCUUUCCUUCCUUUCCUUCCUUUCCUCGGCUCUCCGGCCGACGGGUUGGAGUCGGGGAGUCGGGGACGGGCCGUCGGCGGCAAACUGGGUUUUGGAUCAUGUUUUUCAAAGAAAGCCGCCCUGAGUCUCCGGCUGAAAGUUUCUGUGUUCGGCGUUGAGACGGUUUGACGUUGAGACGGUUUGACGUUGAGACGGUUUGACGUUGAGACGGUUUGACGUUGAGACGGUUUGACGUCGCGCCGACGGACGCUCGUUUAAAUGUAAAAGUCAGCGACUGGAAACCUUUGAACUGAAAUGGUUUGGGAGCUUUGGACUGAACUGGAAACGUUAACCUUCCAAUCCAACGACCUUCGAACGGGGUCUGAGUCCCAGCCUGCAACGGGAGGUUGCCAUGGAGACGGACGGACGACUGUGAUGUCGUCUCAGCAUCAGCAGCAUCAGCAGCAUCAGCGUUCACGACGGUCGUAUCAGAGAACUGUGUCUGGGCCGGUGAGGGCUGGACCGGUCUGGGCCGGUCUGGACCGG